CCCGCCCAAGAACCGCCGGGCCCUGAGGAGCCGCACUGCUGGGCAGUGAUUGGCCAAUCCGCUUGACAACCGCAGUCGGGCCGCCACCGCCGCCGCCUUCCUCUCUGGUGUCGGGGAGAACUGGAAGAGAAGCGGAGGCGCCGGGCCGCUCUGGCCGCUUGACAGAACCCCUCGGUUCUCCCUCCCCUGGCGUGAGGCGCUUUCCGCCAUUUUGUGCGUGUCCCCCCCCACCCUUACCCGCGACUCGCUAGUGUUUGGGGACAGACCCUGUUAGAGUCUACCACAAUGACUGCAGAAGAGACAGUGAAUGUAAAAGAGGCUGAAAUAGUCAAACUGAUACUGGAUUUCUUGAAUUCAAGAAAACUUCAUAUCAGUAUGCUGGCUCUGGAGAAAGAAAGUGGAGUUAUUAAUGGACUGUUCUCGGAUGAUAUGCUUUUCUUAAGGCAGUUGAUCCUUGAUGGUCAGUGGGAUGAGGUUCUUCAGUUCAUCCAGCCUCUUGAGUGUAUGGACAAAUUUGACAAGAAAAGGUUUCGCUAUAUCAUCCUACAGCAAAAGUUUUUAGAAGCUCUAUGUGUCAACAAUGCAAUGUCUGCAGAAGAUGAGCCUCAGCAUCUGGAAUUUACAAUGCAAGAGGCUGUGCAGUGCCUACAUGCUCUAGAAGAAUAUUGUCCUUCUAAAGAAGACUACAGCAAAUUGUGUUUACUUCUAACAUUGCCUCGUCUAACCAACCAUGCAGAAUUCAAAGACUGGAACCCUAGCACUGCCCGAGUUCACUGUUUUGAAGAAGCUUGUGUCAUGGUGGCGGAAUUCAUUCCUGCCGAUAGAAAACUAAGUGAGGCUGGCUUUAAAGCAAGCAACAAUCGUUUAUUUCAGCUUGUGAUGAAGGGGCUACUGUAUGAAUGUUGUGUGGAGUUCUGUCAGAGUAAAGCAACAGGAGAGGAAAUUACAGAGAGUGAAGUGUUGCUCGGCAUUGACCUUUUGUGUGGUAAUGGGUGUGAUGAUUUGGACCUUAGCUUGUUGUCAUGGCUUCAGAAUCUGCCCUCUACUGUGUUUUCUUGUGCUUUUGAACAAAAGAUGCUUAACAUUCAUGUUGAUAAACUCUUAAAACCUACAAAAGCUGCCUAUGCUGAUCUUUUGACACCCCUUAUCAGCAAACUUUCUCCUUACCCAUCAUCCCCCAUGAGAAGGCCUCAGUCUGCUGAUGCUUAUAUGACCCGUUCCUUAAAUCCUGCUUUAGAUGGACUCUCAUGUGGAUUAACAAAUCAUGAUAAGCGCAUCACAGACCUUGGAACAAAAACGUCUCCUAUGUCCCAUUCCUUUGCUAAUUUCCAUUACCCAGGAGUACAGAAUCUUACUCGAAGUCUAAUGCUGGAGAACACAGACUGCCACAGCAUUUAUGAAGAGUCACCUGAACGAAGUGACACUCCUGUGGAUUCCCAACACUCCUCUGUCAAUGAGUCCAUGUGCCAGAACUCAACCCCAGACAAAGAACCAGUAAAUGGAGCACAGAAUCAAGGACCAGUCAAGCAAGAAAAAAAUGAGCUUCGUGACUCAACAGAGCAAUUUCAGGAAUAUUACAGACAGCGGUUGCGAUAUCAGCAGCAUUUAGAGCAGAAGGAGCAACAACGACAGCUGUAUCAGCAAAUGUUAUUGGAAGGAGGAGUAAAUCAGGAAGAUGGUCCAGACCAGCAGCAGAAUCUUACAGAGCAAUUUCUUAACAGAUCUAUUCAGAAGCUGGGGGAAUUAAACAUGGGUAUGGACAGUCUGGGAAAUGAUGUACAGACACUAAACCCACAUUGCAAUGGGAGCACAGGAGCUACAUCCAACCCUCCGGAUGCCAGUCAGAGAGUAACAAAUGAUAACGCAAACCUUAAUACAAGCACGCCUUGCAAACUUGGCUCUACUACUCAGAUAUCCUCGCUUGAAGAAUCACCUGUCCAUGGAAAUCAAAUCAGAAUACCAGAGCAUGCUGCCAUUCAGGCACAACAUGAAGAUUCUCCGGGGAAUCUUGCAAGAACAAGAGGAGAUGAGGAUGACAAAUCUACAAAGCAGUUCAUUUGUGUCAAUACUCUAGAAGAUACACAGGCUGUCAGAGCUGUGGCUUUUCAUCCAAGUGGCACCAUGUAUGCUGUUGGCUCCAAUUCAAAAACCUUGCGAGUGUGUGCCUAUCCAGACCUUUCGGACUCAAGCUCCUCCUCUGCUGUUCCUCGAAAACUGGUAUUUGACUUAGGCAGAUCUUCGCUCUCUUCCUCUGUAAAGAUGACAACAAAUGUUGGUAACAUUCCUAAACAGCCAGUGGUUCGUUUCAAAAGGAACAAACAUCACAAAGGAUCAAUCUAUUGUGUGGCAUGGAGUCCCUGUGGACAAUUGUUAGCUACUGGUUCUAAUGAUAAAUAUGUAAAAGUGCUUCCUUUCAAUGCAGAGACUUGUAAUGCAACAGGACCAGAUUUGGAAUUCAGCAUGCAUGAUGGAACUAUUAGAGAUCUAGCUUUUAUGGAAGGUCCAGAAAGUGGUGGGGCCAUUUUAAUAAGUGCUGGAGCUGGGGACUGUAAUAUUUAUACAACAGACUGCCAGCGAGGACAAGGUCUUCAUGCUUUGAGUGGCCAUACUGGUCACAUUUUAGCACUUUAUACAUGGAGUGGAUGGAUGAUAGCAUCUGGAUCUCAAGACAAGACUGUGAGAUUCUGGGAUCUUAGAGUACCGAGUUGUGUUCGGGUUGUUGGAACAACAUUUCAUGGAACUGGCAGUGCUGUGGCAUCAGUAGCUGUAGAUCCUAGUGGUCGUCUUCUUGCAACUGGCCAGGAGGACUCCAGUUGUAUGCUCUAUGACAUUCGUGGUGGGCGAAUGGUACAGAGUUAUCAUCCUCAUUCCAGUGAUGUCCGUUCUGUUCGUUUUUCCCCUGGGGCUCAUUAUUUGCUCACAGGAUCUUAUGAUAUGAAAAUAAAGGUGACAGACUUGCAAGGUGACCUUACUAAACAGCUUCCAAUAAUGGUGGUAGGAGAGCAUAAGGACAAAGUGAUUCAGUGCAGGUGGCAUACACAAGAUCUUUCUUUCUUGUCAUCUUCUGCAGACAGAACUGUAAGACUCUGGACAUUUAAUGGCUAAAAUGUAGUUUUUAAAAGCAACCCAUGCAGAUUAAGCACAGACGUACAGGACUAUCGGAACUUUUGGUAGGCAUUUUAAAAAAGAGCAGCAUUUGACCUGGAUGCCUCACGGAGAAAAGAUACCUGCCACAGUUACCUGAUUGCUAGGAAGUGUUGGUGUGUUAUAUUAUUACUUUGCAGUGCUUUCUCUGUGAUCUCAUGCUGCUAUGACCUAUUGUAGUCUUGUUGCCGAAGUCUGUUGAAAGGUUCCUCGCAUUGUCAGUGUGCACUCAAAAAUAAGACUAAUUGUGUGUUUACAGUUUAGUGUGAACUGCAUUCUUUAGUCUUUGCCUCAGUAACAGUUUUUUCUAGGAAAAAGUGAAACAACCACAAUUCAGUUAAGGUCAUAUGACAUAUUAUUAGGUCCACACAUAAUAGCAAAUUACAAAUGAACUAAUAAUGCUGUAUUUCACACUGAUGCAUACAUCACACCCUCACUAAGUGGUCAGUUUUCUUUUGCUAGGAACACAGUAAAGGUUUGAUUUUUUUUCUUAGUACCCCUGAUUAUGGUAUCUUAAGAUGACUAGUAGCAGCUGAUCCUUGAUCACAGUUCAUUAUGUGUGUGGUGCUUUUCAAUUUGGAAACUUCUAAUGGGGCUGGUUUUUAUCAUUAGAUUAUGUUUGACAGGUAAACUUUUGGUGGGAAAAAUGGUUUGCUGAAGAGACAUUAACACUUUUGAAUGCAACAAAAUACCUCUGUGUGUAAUGUACUGUAGAAAUGAAACAAAGCAGUUGCAGGUGGUUGGAACCACAGUUUUUAAGAGUGAUGGCCAUGAUCCCACAAACAUCCAUGGUCACAUAUGGGAAGACAGCAUGUGCAGUAGAGAAUUUCUCUGUAGUUUCCACCAAGGCAGAUAGCACUGUUGAAGAUUUUAACUCAUUUUUAAUUGAAAAGUAGCUUAGCUUUUCAUCAGUGCAACUGACUUCAGUGGAGUUCCAAGGAAACUUUAUUUCGCAAGUGCUGUUAUCUCAUAUGGGGCAUUUUGAGCACCACAAGAAUAUUAAAGGCAGCAGCACGGCUUGAAACGCUAUGCCUGCAUGAUGAUGUAGAACUACAUGAUCUCCCAGUUGAGAACUUUAUCUGGGUUUUUAUUUCUUGCACUGUUUAUAAUACAGAAUUGCAGUUUUAUUUCUAAAUAUCUUAGAGUCUUUUAUGUUUAUGUAUUGUUUAUAUUUUCAUAUUGUACAGUUAUAUUGCUUUUAAAUUAAAUUAAUAUUUAGGUUAUUUAUUUGAAGUACUGUUAAAGUUUGGUUUUAAUUAAUUCUGUGCAUCAUAGAAAGUCUUUUUAAUUAUCGUAAAAAAGUUGAGGUUACUAUAGUAGUGUAUAUGUGCUUUAAACUCAAUAAAAACUUUCAGCACUUGAAA